AUUAAUUUUUUUUCAAAUAAAACUAAAACUUUCAAUAAAAUGAGAUACAUUCUAUUCUUAUGCAUAAUAGUAUAUGUCAAAGCCAAUUCAACAGUUAUAACGACAGAAUUAAGUCAUUUGUGUUUGGAGCAACAUUUUGAUGAUUUUCCUAACCUAUUCAGUAUAUACGAACCUAUACGUGUAUUACAAUUCGCGAAAAUGUAUCUUAGAAAAGAGAAUAAUAACUCAAUAUUUGCUUAUAUUCAAGGAGGUGAUAGGAAUAUAGUGACGAAUUCAACAGAUAACAUUACCGAUAAAUCGUUGAUGAUAUUUGAGGUUUUUCAAUUAUUGAACCUAAUGAGGUUGAAAGAAUUCAAUCUACGUUUAAACAUUGAAGCUGACGUCGAAAUCGGUUUAAAUCAUACUGGUUCAACGUUUGGGAUAUGUAUGUUGCCAUUAAACAAUGUAAUAUCUUACAUGUGUUUGGAAUUUAUGAACGCAAAUCUUACAAUAAGAAUUACCAAUCAUGUAUUAUCGUUGAUAUUAAUGUAUGGGAAUUCCAUAAGUUAUUACACAUACCAAAAUUAUAUAUUGUACCGCUUAUCAUGGAACUUACCAAGAGGAAAUUAUUAUCAAUAUCAUUAUACUGGCUCAGAUAUUAAUAUAUCUUGCAUUCUCAAAAACUGCAUUUAAGUCUGCCAAUCAUUUCAAUAAUGUAUAUUUUUAAAUUAGCAUAUUAUAUUUUAUCGGUUACUGGUUAAGGGUACACAUAUAUAUA